AUGGGUUCCCUUGGCAAACCCCACGUAGUCUUUGUGCCCUACCCUUCACAAGGGCACAUCAGCCCUUUGAUGCAGUUUGCCAAGCUUUUACACUCCAGAGGUGGGACUCACAUAACCUUCGUCAACACUGAAUACAAUCACAAUCGUUGGGUCAGAUCUAAAGGGCCUGACUUUGUUAAGGGUCUUCCUGAUUUCUGUUUCAGGACUAUAACCGAUGGGUUGCCCCCGUCGGAUCGGGAUGAGACUCAGGAUCUCUGGGCUCUAUCCGCUUCCAUCAGCAAGAAUUGCUUGGCUCCGUUUAGGGAGCUGCUGGCUAAGCUGGGUUCCACGCCGGGAUCACCUCCGAUCACCUGCAUUAUCGCCGAUGGUCUCAUGAACUUCGCCAUUGAAGCUGCUCAUGAACUUGGUGUUCCUGGGGUUUCUCUUUGGACUGCCUCCGCUUGUGGCUUCAUUGGGUAUUUUUACUUCAAGGAACUUAUAGAUAGAGGCUUUGUUCCAUUCAAGGAUGAAAACCUCAUCAGCGACGGUAGUCUAGACGAACCAAUUGAUUUCGUCCCAGGCAUGAGCAACAUCCGGCUGAAAGAUUUCCCGACCCUGAUUAGAACCGCCGAUCGCGAAGAUAUUAUGCUGAACUUCAUGGGCGACGAGACCCGAAGCUGUAUAAAAGCCUCUGCCAUCAUCUUCCACACUUUCGAUGCAAUCGAGCAUCAAGUCCUCGACGUCAUCGCCACCAACUUCUUUCCCAACAUCUAUACCAUCGGUCCUUUUUCCUUGCUCGAGAAGCAGCUCCCUGCACUCAGCCAAACCAAGUCAAUGAGAUCCAGUCUCUGGAAAGAGGACUCCGCCUGCCUCGACUGGCUCGACAAGAGGGAACCCAACUCCGUUCUCUUUGUCAGUUUCGGGAGCAUCACUGUCAUGUCCAACCAACAAUUUCAGGAGUUCGCAUGGGGUCUCGCCAACAGCAAACACCCGUUUUUGUGGGUGAUAAGGCCGGAUAUUGUAAAGGGUACUGGCAAUGGCUCUGCAAUCUUAUCUGAGAAGUUCUACGAGGAGAUUAAAGGGAGAGGGUUGAUUGUGAGUUGGUGCCCCCAAGACAAGGUUCUCGCUCAUCGGUCGACGGGGGCUUUCUUGACGCAUUCCGGCUGGAAUUCGAUGCUGGAAAGUGUUUGUGGUGGUGCGCCGGUGAUAUGCUGGCCUUUCUUCGACGAACAGCCGACAAACUGUUACUUUGCAUGCAACGUGUGGGGGAUUGGCAUGGAGAUCGAUCGAGAUGUGAGGAGGAAGGAAGUUGAGGAGCUGGUGAAGGAGAUGAUGGGGGGCAAGAAAGGGGAGGAAAUGAGGAAGAAAGCUCAAGAAUGGAAAAAGAAAGCAGAAGAAUCGACCAGUUUGGGAGGAUCAUCUUAUGACAAUCUUGAUAGAUUCAUUAUGGAUUUCAUACAUUGA